CUCGGGAGAUACCACAUAAGCAGGGGACCCGUUCCCGGCUCUUCAGGAGCUUGUCCAGAGAGAGAGGGGGAUAGGUCUCCUGCAGGGCUGGCUGGGUGGCGUGGGGGGUCCUCACUGGGCUCUGGGGGGUCCGUGAGCCACAGCGAGGAUGACGUCGAGAAGCUGCAGCAGCUCGCCGCGCGGAACAAGCUGGCCGUCAUUCCCUUGGUGCAGACCUUUGGCCAUGUAGAGUUCAUCCUGAAGCACGAGCGGUUCCAGCACCUGCGCGAGGUAGCGCGUUACCCCAACAGCCUGAACCCGCACGCGCCGGGCACGUGGACCUUGCUGCGGGCGCUGCUCACCCAGGUCAUGGACCGGCACCGCCAGGCCCACUGGCUACAUAUCGGUGCCGAUGAGGUUUUCCACCUGGGGGAGGGUGUGGACUCGAAGACGUGGCUGGGCCACCAUGGCAGGGAUGUGGACCACAUGUACCUGGGUCACAUCCGCGAGGUCGUGACCUUCCUGACCGGCCGGUACCCGGGCCUGCGGUUGCUGCUCUGGGAUGAUAUGCUGCGCAAGAUCCCCGCCCAAGCCAUCCGAGAAUCUGGGAUCACCCAACAUGCAGCCCCUGUGCUCUGGUUCUAUACCCCGGACUUGGACACGGAGCAGAUAGGGAAGAUCAUCACCAAGUACGCGGAGAGCGGCUUCAGCGCGGUGUGGUUUGCCAGUGCAUUCAAGGGCACCACGGGCCCUGCGCAGAUCUGGACUCCUCUCAGUCACCACCUCAAGAACCACCUGAGCUGGCUGAAAGUCAUUCAGGCUAUGGCCAAGUUCCCAACCAUCCAGUACCAGGGCAUUGUGCUGACUGGUUGGCAGAGGUAUGACCACUUCUCGGUGCUGUGUGAGCUGCUGCCUGUGGGCAUCCCCUCCCUGGCCCUCUGCCUGCAGACCCUGGUCAAUGGGGGUUUCACAGACAUAACCAAGAAAAGGAUUCUGGAGCUGCUGGGAUUUCAGAACAUCCACCUGGAACAGAGCACCUGCGAGGGCACCGGCUCCUUCCCCGGCUCGGAAAUCUACCACAUGGUGGAACAGGUGAACGUGCAGCUGAAGGAGAAAGUCCUCAAGGUCCUGGAGGAGGAGAGUGCCAUCAAGGGCUGGUUCAGUCGCUACCACCGCAGGCACCGCUUUGGCAACCCCCGAAACCUGGACAGCUUUGGCAGCAAACUGAUCAAGACCUUGGAGGAGUGGGAGAGCUUCGUGCAGGGCCUGCGGGCGGGGCUGGAGGCCGUGUUCUUCCCGGAUGCGGUGGAGGAGUGGCUGGACGAGAACGUCAACGUCCAGCUGGAGCCGCUGCGAGAGCUGGUGCACGACUACCGGGAGGUCAUCCAGCUCAACGGACGCCCCAAGACCCGCUAGCCCUCACCCCGGCCGGGCCGGGGGGCGGCCUUGUUGCCAGAGUGGGUCAGGGUCACCGGGCCCGGGCCUUGGACGUUCAGUGUUCACUUCCCAGUUGUCCCCCCGCUGUCCCCCUGGCUCGCCCACCUCCGGAGGCCUCCAGGGAGGAUGGGGGUGGGGCCUGGGCAGGGGCGGGGUCUCCCGAGCUCUCCUCCAGCCCCUCACCCCGACCCCUUAGGUUCUCAGCCCCUCUUCCUAUCUGCACUGAAGCCCCUCCUCCUGGGGCGGGGCAGACCCGAGGGUCCUGGGCCCCCCAGACUGAGCCAGGCCCCCCGGGACGGGGGGCGGGAGCAAGGGAGAGGGGGCGCCCCCCAUUCGGCGUUGAGAGGUGGGGGGAGGGUUGAAUAAACGUUCAGGAGAAGCGGACCCCCAGGGCCAGGUAGGAUGCGGGCCCGGCGGGCGUGGGCCUGGGGUGGGAGGGGAUACAGUUUGUUUUCUAGUUGUUAAAAUGCUGGUGUGAGCCCGACAUCCGGAAUUAAAACGUAUUUUCCUACGUUG